UUGGUCACUAGUUCAAUAAUCUUCAGUGAUUGUGCUAGAAAGAAAAUCAUUAAAUUCACGGGAAGAAUUUUCAUAAGAGUAUAAGUGAGGAUUUUUUCAAAAAGUGCAAAUAGUAGAAGGAUUUUUGUAAACUGUAUGAAAAAAUUGAGAAAUUAUAAUGGAGACUUAUGAUGAACCCCAAGACACUAUUUUACAGAAGGCCGUCUUUUUAAUGAUACAAGAACUUGGCUUUCAACAAAUUGAUAUUUUCACCUUGAAUUUUAUAACAGACACCGUGGAACAAUACAUGAAAAUUAUUACAGACAGAGCACAGGAACUUGCUAAAGAAUCUGGAAAAACGACUGCAGAUUUAGAGGAUUUGGCCUUGAUUCUACCAAAACACAACGCAAGUGUCGAAGGAUUGAAAGAACACUUCAAAAAUGUGGGAAUUAGACCCGUACUAAAACACAAAAAUGAGAUUUACAUCCCUCAACUUGAAGCUGAGAAGAAAAAAGUGAAGAGAGUGGAAACGACCAACCGUCCCAAAAGAGCUCGAGAUAUGCCAGUUACUGAAAAGCUGGCUCUUCCAAGGAAAGAACCUCGAAAGAAAAAAUUCGGACCUCAGUAUGUGCCACUUCUUGAAGACUUAGGUCUUCCGAAAGAAGAACUUCCACAACAAAAAAUUGAGCAUCUGAAUAUGCCCGUUAUUGAAGAAUUGGACAUUUCAAAAGAAGAUCUUGCACAACAAAUAAUUGGACCUCUGGAUAUGCCUGCUAUUGAAGAAUUGGUUCUUCCGAAAGAAGAACUUCAACACAAAAUAACGGGACCACUGGAUAUGCCUGCUCCUGAAAACUUGUGUCUUCCAAAAGAAAAAGAAGAAAAUCGAACAAAAUUAAAUGAUCUUCAGGAUAUGCCUGGUUUAUAUGAUUCGAAUUUGCCAACGAUUGAGGCGACAACAAAAAGUGUAGCUUCAGCACAUAUUCAAAACAAAGAGGCGCAGUGCGAUGAAUUGCAUCCAAUUCAAGAAUUACUCUUGGACUUUCUUGAGCUUCCCAAGUUAGGUGAGCUUGAUGGUAACAUCUCAUCAUACCUUCCAAAUACACAGUGGAAUUGCAACGCUAAUCAAGAGCAAAAAGUCGAUGGAAUGAUGAAACUACCUCCAUAUCUUCUCGAAUUGCCCCACUAUGCGAAUUUUGAUAUGGAUACCUCAUCCUGCUGUCGAAGCUCACAAUGGAUCCAGGAUGAUUAUCCUGAACUGAAAACUCCACCUUAUGCCAAAACACCGGAAUAUAUCUCAUCAAUUGAUGCGUUUUUGGACGAAAAUCAGAAGGACAUUUUCGCUAUACCUACAGGCGCUUCUGCUUCUCCUCCGAUGAUGCCGGAUCUUCCAACUUCAGCACAACUAUUUCAUCCUGCAAACCUGGAGAAGGAGAAACAUGGAGAUAAGAGGAAAAGGGAAAAGGAUGAAGACGAUAGAAAGCCUUUUAAGAAGAGGCGGAAUUUGAAAAUUGAAAAUAAAAAUGUAGAAAAAAUUAAAAAAAAUGGGGAAAAAGAAAGGCAUACAGAAAUAGAAGGACCGAAGAAAAUUAAAAGAAAAGAAAGGAGAGCUGAAAAACAAAAGGAGAUGGAGAUAGAAAAGGAAAGAGAGCGACAAAAGGCAAAGGAUAGGGAAAGGCGAAAAGAGAGAGAAAGGCAGAAGGGUAUUGAAAGAAAGGGGAGAGAAUCUGAAAAAACUAAGCUGAUGGAAAAAGAGCGAGAAAGAGGUAGAGAUAUAGAGAAGGGGAGAGAAAGACAGAAGGAGAUUAAAGGAAAAGGGAGGGAAGUUCAAAAACAAAAGCCGAUGGAGAAUGAUAAAGAGCGUGAAAGGGCUAAGGAUAGAGAAAGGCGAAAGGAGAGAGAAAGACAGAAGGAAAUUGAAAGAAAAGAGAGGGAAGUUGAAAAACAAAAACAGCUGGAGAGAGAAAAGCAGAAGGAAAUUGAAAGAAAGGGGAGGGAAGUUGAAAAACAGAAAAAGAUGGAGAAAGAAAGACGAGAGGUAGAAAGGCAGAAACAGAUGCGAAGAGAUCAAACAAAAGAGAAAGAAAAACUGAUUAGGACCACUACUUCUAUUACUGGCAAAUCCAUAAAAUUAAUAAUAAAACCACCAAAGAAGCCGGAAAAGAAACAUUAUUAUAUUGAAAAUGGAGUGGAGAUUUGGAUUUGCCCCCAGUGCGAAAAGCAGGAUGACGGAACUCUCAUGAUUGGUUGCGAUGGAUGCCAAUUGUGGUACCAUAUAGCGUGCAUUGAAUUAAAAGCAAUUCCACCGCAUGAAGAAAAGUGGUAUUGUCAACACUGCCAUUUAAAAAACUCUCGAAUGUGAUCCUAAGACUGAAAAAGUUACCAAAUGACAAUGGAUUUCCUUUUUUCGAAAAGGAAGAUGGUAUUUUAAUUUAAUUUUAAUAUUGUAUAUAUUGUAAAUAUAUAUAAGUUGUGAAUACAAUAUUGUUCGGACUUAUUAUAAUAAGUUAUUAAUCAG